AUGCAGUCCAUCAAGUUCUCCAUACCACCUUUUGUAGGAUCGGCUGAACCUAAUGAGUUUCUUGAGUGGAAACGCAAAGUGGAGAUGAUGUUUGCAUGUCAUAAUUACUCGGAGCGCAAGAAAAUUCAGCUUGCUGUUGUGGAGUUUAAGGAGUAUGCUCUUGUUUGGUGGGAGAAGAUACAAGCUGAUAUUGCAAGGUCCGGAAUGCCUCCGAUUGAGACAUGGGCAGCCCUUACUCGAGCUAUGCAUGCACGUUUUGUGCCCCUGCAUUAUCGGAUGGAUCUUCUUCAAAAAAUUCAAUUUUUAGUCCAAGGUAGCAAGACGGUUGAGCAGUACUACAAGGAAAUGGAGAUGCUUAUGAUGCGGGCUCAGCUUGUGGAAGAUGAUGGAGUCACCAUGUAUCGGUUUCUCAAAGGGCUGAGGCGUGAAAUUAUGAUUCAAGUGGACAUGUAUCCUUACAAUUCUACUUUGGAACUUGUCCAACUUGCUACCAAGAUUGAAUCGCAUGGAAAGGUAAGAGUAAGUGUGAGCUUUGGAAAGAUGUCACCAAAUUUCAACAAGUUUGGGGGUAAUACGAGACCAACAAAAUCUUGGCCCAAAGGAGAUGAUAAACACACGACCAAGAAUGAGCCGGUUAAGGUGGUUAAGCGUGAUGAACCAAGGAAAGUCAGCAAGGAUGGUUCACCAAACAAAGCAAAGGAUGUCACAUGCUUUAAGUGUCAAAGGAAAGGUCAUUAUGCCAAUACAUGGCCUAAUGUGCGAACUGUUGUGCUUUGUGACAAUGGGGACUAUGUACUUUUUUCGGAUGAUGAGGGUGAAGAUUGGGAACAUGAGGUUGAGGCGAGUGAGGAUGAAGCAAUCCAAGAGACGGAAGAGCACGUUGAAGAGGAUUCAUCCGGGGAGUCUCUAGUGGUUUUGCGAAUGCUUGGAGCAGUUCCCAAGGAGUCGGAAAAAUUUGUUGAUCGGGUUAAGGAGCAACGGGAGAAUUUGUUCCAUUGUCGGUGCAAGAUUGGUGGGAAGCGAGCGUCGAUAAUCAUUGAUAAUGGAAGUUGCACCAAUGUCGUAAGUUGGUAUGUGGUAGACAAGCUUGGACUCCAAACUAUCAAGCAUCCAACUCCAUACCAUCUUAAAUGGAUGAACUCUAGUGGAGAUAUGAAGAUCACUAGGCAAGCCAAAGUUCCUAUUUCAAUCGGCCCCUACAAAGAGGAUGUCCUUUGUGAUGUUACUCCGAUGACCGCAUGCCAUGUGCUUCUUGGCCGACCAUGGCAAUCCGAUAAAAGAAUUAUCUAUGAUGGCAAGACUAACAAAGUUAGAUUUUAUGACAAGGGCUACAAGGUAAUGAUUCCUUCUUUGCCAUUGAAGGAGGUUCGAAAAGAUCAAGUAAGCUUGCGAAAGAAGAUGCAAGAGGCUGAAAGUCUUAAAAGAGCUAAAGGAAAAGAAGUAUCCAUAGAGGAAAAGAGAGAGUCUACUGCUAAGGGUUCCAACAUCCUUCUUUCACUUACCGAUUUUCAGAGAGAAGUUGGUGACCUAGAUCAUCAAAAGGGGGGUUGUUUUAUGUUGUUAUGCAAAGAUUUAUUUCAUUUUGAUAAAGAUAAUCUACUCACUAAUUUUCCCAUUCCCUUUGCUAGGAUGCUUGAAGAGAUGAAGGAUGCAUACCCGGAGGAACUACCACAAGGACUACCGCCCAUUCGCGGGAUAGAGCAUCAAAUUGACUUCAUACCUGGUGCUUCGAUCCCAAAUCGUCCUGCAUAUCGGUGCAACCCAGAUGAGAAUAAGGAGAUUCAAAAACAAGUCCAAGAACUUCUUGAGAAGGGAUGGGUUCGGGAGAGCUUAUCACCAUGUGUUGUCAUUGUCCCCAAGAAGGAUGGAACUUGGAGGAUGUGUGUGGAUUGUAGAGCGGUGAAUGCGAUUACAAUUAAGUAUCGACACCCAAUCCCGCGCCUUGAUGACUUGCUUGAUGAGAUCAAUGGAGCGAGAAUCUUCUCCAAGAUUGACCUUCGGAGUGGAUACCACCAGAUUCGUAUGCAACCCAGCAAUGAGUGGAAGACGGCAUUUAAAACAAAGCUAGGUUUGUACGAAUGGUUGGUAAUGCCAUUCGGUCUAACUAAUGCUCCUAGUACCUUCAUGCGUUUAAUGAAUCAUGUUCUACGUGCUUUCAUUGGUAAAUUUGUUGUAGUAUACUUUGAUGAUAUUCUUGUCUACAAUAAAAGUGAAAAGGAACAUGUGGAGCAUGUGCGACUCGUCUUUCAACGGUUAAGGGAAGAACAACUCUACGCUAAUUUUAAAAAGUGCAUAUUCCACACUAAUGAAGUUGUUUUCCUUGGGUUUGUAGUUAGCGAGGAUGGCUUGAAGGUUGAUGAAACAAAAGUAAAGGCAAUUAAAGUAUGGACACCUCCAAUGAAUGUGGGAGAAAUUAGGAGGUUUUUGGGAAUGUGUGGAUUUUUUCGGAGGUUCGUGCCUGGUUUUAGCUUGAUCGCUGCUCCUCUCACGUCCUUGCUCAAGAAGGGAGUCCCAUUUAAAUGGGAGCAAGCACACCAAGAAGCGUUUGAGACAUUGAAGGCAAAGCUUACUCAAGCACCUGUACUUGCGCUACCAAAUUUUGAGAAGACCUUUGAGCUUGAGUGUGACGCUUCGGGCAAAGGCAUGGGUGCAGUUUUGCUUCAAGAAGGUCGACCCAUAGCCUAUCAUAGUGAGAAAUUUGGAGGGGCUGCCUUGAAUUACUCUACAUAUGACAAGGAGUUGUAUGCGGUGGUACGGGCUUUAAAGACAUGGCAACAUUAUUUAAUGCCAUGA